UGCGGGGAGCGGGGAGGGAUCCUCUGGACUGUUAAUUGCAGGAGGGAGGGAUCCCCUGCACUGGUAAUUGCAGGGGGGAACCCCCACACCGCCCUUGCUGGCGAUCUGUUUGCCACAGGGCGAGCACGGUGGUCGCCCGGGCCGGUAACAGCAGGCGGCGCGCGCGGUCGGUCCGGCCCGGAAAGUCGCGGUAACGACCGGCGAGUUUGCUCGCACUGCAGCGGCCCGGAGCAGGUCAGAGCCGGGGCGCCGUGAGCGGCGCUAAGGUGGGGCGGGUCGGGUCGAGGAAGGACGUCCGACUGAGCGGCACUUCCGGCCGCCGCCGUCACCACCGCCCGCCUCUUUCUGCAGCUGCCCGGCCCCGGCACUGCCUGAGCCGGCGAGAUGAAGCGCCGCAGCCCGACCCAGACGUGCGGCAGAGCCGACGGCGACACCGACACCGACACCGACACCGACAUCGAUACAGACAGCGAGACCCUGACGGCGGGCGGAGAGGGGAGCAGACAUUCACCAAACAUCAGAGUGACAGAUGAAGUAGACUCCAGUCCGGUGAAGAAUCAAGUUCCUCCACAGUCUGACAUAAGACGAAGACCUCUUUGUUCAACCCAAGGUCAAAAGGAUGAUGUAACUCUAUCAAGUAAAGCUAAUACUAAGCUUGUACCUUCAGUGCUGCCUCACACUGAGCCUUCCCCGAAGAAAGGAGAAAGAAACAAAAGAUUUGUACAGGAAGCACAGCCUUCAUUAUGCCAUUACCUCAAGAGAGGGGACCAACCCAGGUUCAAUAAAGAACGUAGAGAAACAUUAGUAGAUGGAUCACCAGGGAGUGCUGAUACCUCAAACAAGAAUGUGGUCUUCAUCCUAAUGUUUGCCGUGGUGGUUUUCUCUGUGCUGUUCCUGCUCUUGAUGAACAAGCCCAAGGCUGUUAGUUUGGUGGAAAGAACAGCGCUAACUAUAUUUUUAGACAAGUUUGAGCAGGUUGAGGCCCUGUUCUAUGGACAGCAGUCAGCACUGUGGAAGAGAAGCAGAAUCACACUACGCAACCACAUUAAUCUGACCCAACAUGAGAAACCUGCCAUCUUAAUUUUUGCAGCUGCAUGGGAUGGGCAGCAGACCAUGAGGUGCCUCACUCGCCAGAUUGCAGAUGCUUAUUCCACAGCCCUCAAUGCCACUGCAAUGGUGGAAGUCAACGCAACUGUCACUAGUGGCCGAGAUAGUGAUGUUGUGAAACUGGAGGUGGACACACAGCUAUCAUCUGGGUUUGACAAAGGCAGCAAGGUAGCAGUGAUUCACCAUUUCCAGGAUCUGCCCCCAUUGUCCACACUGAUCUUCUACAAGUACUGCGACCAUGAGAAUGCAGCCUAUAAGGCAGUUGCCCUGCUGAUCACUGUUCUCCUGGACGAGGAGAAAUUAGCACCGGAUGUUAGCCUGAAAGUCUUGGAAAUGAAAGUCCGUGACUUUCUGAGAAGGAGGUUUUCUGCUUCUGAAGGUAGUCAAGGCAUGGACACCGACAAACUGAGUGGCCUGUGGAGUCGCAUUGCACACGUUGUCCUUCCAGUGGCACCAGUACGUGAGAUAGAGGAAGGAGGUUGUGAUUCUAAAGAGGAUUGAAAGUGAUCCAUGGCAAGUGAAGUCAAAAGGAGGCUUAAACAUUUGCAGUUGUUUCCUCUUUCCUCAUCCCAAAUCAUCCUAGCUCCCUCCUUCUGGUUCCUUUAUACUUUUCUGUCUCAGGUGCACAAGUCCAGGAUUCUCAAACAAUGAGUCAUGAAUGAGGGAGGCUGAUCUAAGUCAUAAAUGUAUCACUCAAGUGAAAUCCAAAGACCUAAGCAGAAACCUUGGAAUGAGUUCUUGCCAACGAGAAUAGAUAUUGUCUUCUGUUUGAUAAUGGAAGGACAGUUUACAAAUCUUAAGUUAGAAGCAAAUUGUUUUAAAAUUGUGACAUAAUGCAUUAAAAUAUUAAUUGAAUACUUUGCUGUAACAAAAAGGAGGUACUAUAUGUACAGACCCCUCCCACUUUCCUAAUUCAUAAUGCACUGUUUCACCCACUGUACCGUGCGCUGAGUCUUGCAUAGCUUCUCAUUAGACAGUUUGAUUGGAGGCCUCUUUCCUGUGAUUAACAUUUAUUUUAAUGCCAAAUUUUAUUUGUGCAGUGAUUGGUGACACUUUACAACAUUAAAAGAUGCUGGUUGUUGCACCACAGCGGUGAAGACCACUCAACCAGUAUGCUGCGAUAAAAUAGGAAUAUGGAAGCCAUGACUUGGCAGUUGUGGUGAUGUUGGAAGUACUCACAGCUGAUGUGAAUGAUUUGAGUGGGUCAGCGAGCUUUUUGCUUGGGAUUGAUGCAUGGAAUAGAAAUAAGGGCUAGAAGGAUAGGCUUCUUUCUCACUUUGACCCCAGAAAUAACCAUUGGCAGGAAAUAGAAGUAUGACAUUGGGUCAGAAAAACUGGGUUGCUAGUUGUCCCGCAGUUCAAUCAUACUAACAUAUGCAAGAAUUCUUACCUUACUGGCCGAAUGCAAUACUCAAUCAACCACUUCCAAUAGAAAAGAGAGAAUUUUCUACUUGAACUGAAAUCAAGGAGAGUGCAAAUCAGAGUCUAAUAACUUGACCACUAUUCAAUGAUAAAUUCUUCUCUUGAUUAGUGAAUUACAUGUUAAUUUUUCAUACAAGCAAAACAUUUUGAUGAGUCAGAUUCAUGCUCUUAUUGGAGUCUGUUUAACCUUUCUCUGGUAGCUACAUGGCAGCACGAACAGUCCUUCUGCAUAUGCCUCUACAAAAUUAAAAGUAAUUAUAUUUUAAAAAGAAACUCCACAAGUUGUUUUAAUUGAAAGAAUUACUGAUCUGUUUAACUUGAGCAGGCUUAAUUUCUUUUCCCCCAAAAAUGCAGGAAAAAAUGUUUUAAGCAAACACAGCAAAAUAACACUCAAAGGAGCAGUCCCAUUUAGGGAGUGACUGCUUUGUGAAACCCAACAAAGGCGUGGCUGCUCUUGUAGGAUAUAAUAAAUUAUUGCCCUGAAGGCCUUCACUCCAAAUCUUACGUUUCUGAAACUUCCGUGUCUUUCAUUUUGUUAGGACUUCUCAAGAUGUCUUAGAUUAGAUUCACUGUUGAAACGUUGUCAAUUUAUGUACAAAAAGGUUUCAUGUCACGUAAUUUUGACUAGAUAACAUGUUUUUAGGUAUUGGUUAGGGGAAAAAAUGGGGGGAUUUCUUGGACUCUUAAGAAAUAUGGGAUGUGUUGCAUCCAGCUGAAAAAGAAGGCGAAACACCAGUUUAAGAUCUCAGCCUAAAGAUGCUUCCUCCAGUGCAGAAUAGCACAAGAAAUAUCAGCCUAGAUUAUGUACUCAAGUCCUUGCACUUGGACUCUUUACCCCAGAACCUUGGCAGUCAAAGGUGGGUGAUACUCUCUGAGCCACAUUGUUUGCAUUCCUGUUGUUGAAUUCCCAUUGCUUAUCUAGACAGUUUAAAAUUGUUCAGCUACAAAAUGGAUGCAAAAGCAACAUAGUUGGAAACUGCUGGAAUGAUCUUAAACUUGAUUUGCAUUCUUGCUCCCUACCCUGGUGCUUAAGGUGGAACAUACAAAGGUGAAAAAUGGUAGAAUUGUUUAAAAAUCUUGUAAUCCUUGAUAUAACAGAUGUGCUAUAAUGAAUUAUUUACCAGUUUCCAUAAUCAUCACCUCUUCCUGUAGAGUAUAUCAUAACUUGCCUGUAAGGCAACAUGUGAUCUAAUUCAAUGGGAGGGAGCAAAGCAGUGGAAAAAAUGGUGGGACAUUGAAUGCCCAUAGGUGAAACUUUCUGGAGGAAAUCUUUCUCUGACUGUUUUUGAACUGCACAGAUUUACGAGUAUGAAAUUCAUUCUGGAGUGUACAUCUCAUGAUGAUUUGUGGAAUAGGACACAAUCAUUCCAAGCUUAAUGUAAAAACAAGUUUUAUUCUGAUUGAAAAUGUACACUGGUGUUGAGAGUUCAAAUGUAGGUUAAGUUUCAUUUGGAAUAAUCUCUGUUCCCCCACUUACCUGCUGCCAUCUGUUUAUUUGGUCCUUUAAACAGUAUUCACUUGUAUGAACCCGAAUGUUAACACUGUUGAUCUUGAGAUCCUCUGAAGCACAGGAACAACUGCAGUCAACCCUCUUUCAUUUGCUCAGGUCUGAGAUUACAUUCGGCCUCCAAUAAACAUUCAGUCCUCUUCAAUAAUUUUAAAAAUUGCCAACUGACAGUGAAUGUGCAUGGGCUGUAAAAUACGGCUUGUGUUCCUUACAAAGAGUUUCUUUGAUCUAUAGUGUACCCUCUCCAUGGAAGAUUCAUGGAAGACCAGUCAGCCAGAAAGAAGUGAGUGCAACCCAGAAUCCCUUUGCAUUUCCUGUAUUACUACAGUGACCACACUACAGAAUCGGGUUUAUUGUCACUGUCUUAUAUGAUGUGAAAUUUGUUGUUUUGCAGCAGCUGUACAGUGCAAAGACAUUAAAAUUACAAUAAAUGACAAAAUAAGUGCAAACAAAAGAAAACGGGGUAGUGUUCUGGGUUCAUGGACUAUUAAGAAAUCUGAUGGCGGAGGGGAAGAAGCUGCUUCUGAAUUGGUGAGUGUGGGUUUUCAGGCUCCUGUACCUUCUCCUUGGUGGUAGUAACUAGAAGAGGACAUGUCCCGGAUAGUGAGGGUCCUUAGUGUACUUUGCUAGCUGUAAAGGUAUUUGGGCAUUCUGAGUGAGUGAGAAACAUAACACAAUUGGAAGAUCUUUUUCCAACUGAAUUACAAAUUCAGCACUUUAAUUUUGUUUCCUUUUACGCAAACGUAGAAGAAUUCUAGUUUUAUGAUACUUUACCUCUAAAAUACAACACCUGCUGUUAUUAUUCCUGCAU